CUCACCCCAACCAACAAUACCUCACAAGUAUUAUCUCUCUUCCAAAGCUAAACCACGCUUUAGAGAGAUGGCUUCUUUCUUUCUCUUGAAGGCGAUGGCCGGCCUUGCUCUAAUUAAAUUCGCUCUCUCUGUCCAAGUUACACUAGGAGGAAUCACGUGUGAGCAGCUACAAAAGGACAAGUGUGCAUUUGCGAUAUCAUCCGACGGGAAAAGGUGCGUGCUUGAGAAGAUCGUGCGGAGGAGUGGAGCGGAGGUGUACACCUGUCGCACAUCGGAGAUAGAAGCGGACCAUCUAAAGGACUGGUUGGAAACCGACCAGUGCAUCGAGGCCUGCGGUCUGGACCGGGACUCCCUCGGAAUAUCCUCCGAUUCACUCCUCGAGUCUCGCUUCACCCAAAAGCUCUGCUCUCCUAGAUGCUACGACAACUGCCCAAACAUCGUUGACCUCUACUUCAAUCUCGCCGCCGGAGAAGGUAACCUACCCAUCCCAGACCUCUACUUCAAUCUCGCCGCUACACAAGGAGUAUUUCUUCCCCAAUUAUGUGAAGCACAAGGAGCAAACGCACGUAGAAAAAUGUCAGAGAUCCGAAGCUCUGGAUUUGCCAAACAGUCUCUACAAUCCCAUGAUGGCCUGCCCGUGAAAUUCGUGGGCUCAACAGCCAUGGCUCCAAACUAGCAGCUACGUUAAUUAUUAGAUAUAAUAUUUAAUUCUUCAUCCAGUAUAGAAUGAGUAGAAGAAGCAGAAGCAACCAUUUUUAUUUUUUUUUUCAAUAGAAAUAGCAAGCAACAAAUUAUUUUUUUUUGGAACAUUAUUUUUAUAAUAUUGUUAUCAUACGAUACAAUCAUCAAUGUCAAAAGAGUGCACUGUGAAGUACUUUGUGCACUUGGUACAUCUUUUUUUCUUC